AUGUCGAACAACGCCAAUCCCGCUCUUCAGCACCCCGCCAUCAUCGAAGCGGCCGCGGGGCCUGUGGAUGAAGACGAAUUCGACCCUGUGGACUGGGAUGUGUCUUCCGUCGAGUCGGCCUCCGUUACCUCCAGCGUCUAUUCUCAUGAGUACGACAAUGGACGUCGCUACCACAGCUACCGCCAUGGCCGGUAUCCUUUGCCAAAUGAUGACGAGGAGCAGGGCCGGGAGAACAUGAAGCAUGUGAUGAAUCUUGAACUCUGCAUUUGGGCCAUCGAAGUCGCCGACCUUUUCCCUACGACCACAGUCUUGGGCAUCGACCUGUCACCAAUCCAGCCGGGGUGGAUUCCCCCCAACGUGAAGUUCCUCGUGGAUGAUGCUGAGGAUGAUUGGCUGAAUGGCGACAACUUUGACCUGGUCCACUUCCGCAUGAUGGGAAUGUCGCUGAAGAAAAUUGACAAAGUCAUUGCCAGUUCGUACAAGCACUUGAAGAACGGCGGCUGGAUCGAAUUUCAGGAGCUCCAUGGAGAAGUCCAGUGCGACGACGGCACCGUUCCAGAAGAUGACACGGUCAAACGCUUCUGGGAAAUGGGCAACGAAGCCUUCAGCCUCUUUGGCCUUCAGUUCCAUAAUGCUCGCGACAUGAAGCCCCGGCUCGAAGCAGCCGGCUUCAAGAACAUCCAAUGCGAGGUGAAGAAAUGCCCCAUUGGCACCUGGCCAAAGGAUCCUACCUUGCGUCUCGUUGGCAAAUACAUGCAAGAAGCGCUCAGCGGCGUCGCUGCAGCAUUUGUCGGUAAGCCUUUUGAGGCAUUGGGUAUUGAGGCGGUUGAGAGGCAGGUAUGGCUGGCGACUCUCAGACAGGCCAUCAAAGACAGGAGCGCGCAUCGCUACAUGAAUCAGUACUUCUGGUACGCACAGAAACCUGAAGAUGCGCCUGAGAAUGACGGUCCUGAAGCAGGAUCAUCUGACGAUGAGGCGGCCUGA